CCCGCGUGAGCAAUUGUCUUGCCCUCGUCUGCUCCUACGCGCUUGCCGUAAAUCGUGAAACGUGUAAUGUUAACACGCGUGGUUGCAUGAUUGCAACUAUUUAAAAGUGACAACUGAAGUGAUUAAUAUUAACAUUAAAACAGGUGAACUUUGUUAUGGAGUUAGCUGUAUGAUGGAGGUGUACAGGUGAGGGCGACCGGCGGGCGGAGCGCCCCCCCUGCGCCCGCCCAUGGCGCCCGCCUUAACAUUCACAUGGGUGGUGCGUUGGCUGGCGACGGCGGGCGCGUGGGCGGUGCUGUGCGGCUUGGGACAUGCGCACACGCCGCCGCAGUUGCAGCUCCCGCUCACCACGCUCACGCCACCCUGUCCCACGCACUGCAUUUGUCUCUCGCAGUCGCAGGUAGUAUGCAACAGCGCAGCAUUACGCGGGGUGCCAUCGGCACUGAGUCCGAGCGUGACGCAGUUGUCAUUGUCGCGCGCCGAUCUACGCGUGUUACGCUCCGACGCCUUCGCACAUCUGCGGCAACUUCGGCGUCUGGCGCUCGACGCGUGCAACCUGACGCGCAUCCGGCCCUUUGCCUUCCGCGGCCUGCCUCGCCUGCGCGAGCUGUACAUCCAACACACGCCGCUUGCCACCGUCGAUGCCUUUGCGUUUGCAGCCCUCCAGAACAUUACAUCUAUUGUCCUGACGCACAACAGGAUAGCACAGAUAGAAGGCUACGCUUUCGCUGGAACCAACUUUAUUAAACUUAUAUCGUUACGAAACAAUCCAGUUAAACGGAUAUUGGCACAUGCGUUCUCUGGACUUAAUGACGUCUCCCAGAUUGAGCUACCCUCAGGAAUCAAGUCUAUAGAACCGCAAGCCUUUGCAGGUCUUGAAGGUGUCGGUGUUUUAGAACUCGCUUACAUGGAUCUGCCAUCACUUCUUCCGGAUACGUUCAGAGGCUUAAUGCGAGUGGGGCGAUUGGCGCUGCGUGAGUCAGACCUCGGCAUCAUUCGAGUCGGAGCUUUCGACGGCUUACAGAACGUAGAUACGUUGGAAAUCUGUAAUAACAAAAUUGAUGGCGUCGAGGAACUUUCACUGGUACAGAAUAAUAGCGUACGUUUCUUCAAAUUGACAGGCAACCACAUGUUGGAUUCCCCAGAGUCCGUCGUUCUUGAGGUGGAUAAUUUAGUAAUACGGGGGAAUCAUUUACCGUGCGAAUGUGGUCGUGACCCUCUCGCCAAUCCGCUUGCGCUGACGCAAGAUUUCGCAGAGGAAAAUUAUUGCAUUUCACCGUUAAAGGUGCGCGGCCGCAGCUUGGCUAGCGCUGCGAGUGGCGGCGCCGGGUGCAGAGGUGACGUUGGCGGCAGCGCGCGAGCCCGGGCCGCGGCCGGGGCCGGCGCGCCGCGAACCCCACGACUGGCGGAGUGGCGUCUAGCCCUCACUGCGGCCACUCUCGCCUUGUUCGCGAGCUAACCGCACUACGGUGUUCAUUUAUGUGUGAUCUACCAGUUUGUAAAUAUUGUAAUAUAUGCAAGUACCUAAAUAUAACAAUGCGAAAUUUUACAUUAAAAGGGUCCGUUCAUUGUGUAUACGUUGGACCAUGAAUAAAAUUUGCCUUUGGAAAUGGCCGUUU